GCGACGAUGAGGAUGAUGAAUACAUUGCAAAGUUUUUUUGGCCCCGGCGAGGGGUGUCAGAUUGAGUGCUCUGUGCGCAUGUGCGAAGGUGUCCAAACUGACAAUGCUGGGGAGAUGAAGAUAGUGUGUAGCUGCUUCUGGACUCAAGGAGGAGGAGAGAGAUUCCGCGAGCCGACACCAUGCGAUCCAAGGCGAGGGCGAGGAAGCUAGCCAAAAGUGACGGCGACAUUGUAAAUAACAUGUACGGGCCGGACCCCGACCUGCUGGCUGGCGAGAGUGCCGAGGACGAGACCGAGGACAGCAUCAUGUCCCCCAUCCCCAUGGGGCCGCCGUCCCCUUUCCCCACCAGCGAGGACUUCACCCCCAAGGAAGGCUCGCCCUACGAGGCCCCCGUCUACAUUCCUGAGGACAUCCCCAUCCCACCAGACUUCGAGCUCCGCGAGUCCUCCAUCCCCGGGGCCGGCCUGGGGAUCUGGGCCAAGAAGAAGAUGGAGGUCGGGGAGCGGUUUGGCCCGUACAUGGUGGCGCCCCGGGCCGCACUGAAGGAGGUGGACUUCGGCUGGGAGCAAAUGCUGACGGACGCAGAGGUGUCGUCCCAGGAGGGCUGCAUCCAAAAGAUCUCCGAAGACCUGGGCAGCGGGAAGUUCUGCGUGGACGCUCAUCAGGCCGGGGCCGGCAGCUGGCUCAAGUACGUCCGCGUGGCAUGCUCCUGUGACCACCAGAACCUCACCAUGUGUCAGAUCAACGAGCAGAUUUAUUAUAAAGUCAUUAAGGACAUUGAGCCAGGAGAAGAGCUGCUGGUCCACGUGAAAGAAGGCUCCUACUCCCUGGGGACGGUGCCCCCCAGCCUGGAUGAGGACCCCACGUUCCGCUGCGACGCGUGUGACGAACUCUUCCCGUCCAAGCUGGACCUGCGGCGCCACAAGAAGUACGCGUGCAGCUCGGUGGGGGCCGUGCUCUACGAGGGCCUGGCCGACGAGCUCAAGCCCGAGGGCCUGGGCGGCGGGGGCAGCGACGGGCAGGCCCACGAGUGCAAAGACUGCGAGCGGAUGUUCCCCACCAAGUACAGCUUGGAGCAGCACAUGGUCAUCCACACAGAGGAGCGAGAGUACAAGUGUGACCAGUGUCCCAAGGCCUUCAACUGGAAGUCCAACCUCAUCCGCCACCAGAUGUCCCACGACAGUGGCAAGCGCUUCGAAUGUGAAAACUGUGUGAAGGUGUUCACGGACCCCAGCAACCUGCAGCGGCACAUCCGCUCCCAGCACGUGGGCGCCCGGGCCCACGCCUGCCCCGACUGCGGGAAGACGUUCGCCACGUCCUCGGGCCUCAAGCAGCACAAACACAUCCACAGCACCGUCAAACCUUUCAUAUGUGAGGUCUGCCACAAGUCCUACACGCAGUUCUCCAACCUGUGCCGCCACAAGCGCAUGCACGCCGACUGCCGCACGCAGAUCAAGUGCAAGGACUGCGGGCAGAUGUUCAGCACUACCUCUUCCCUCAACAAGCACCGGCGCUUCUGCGAGGGCAAGAACCAUUACACGCCGGGCGGCAUCUUCGCGCCGGGCCUGCCCCUGACCCCCAGCCCCAUGAUGGACAAGGCCAAGCCGCCCCCCAGCCUCAACCACGCCGGCCUGGGCUUCAACGAGUACUUCCCCUCCAGGCCGCACCCGGGGAGCCUGCCCUUCUCGGCGGCGCCCCCCCCCUUCCCCGCGCUCACGCCCGGCUUCCCGGGCGUCUUCCCUCCGUCCCUGUACCCCCGGCCGCCCCUGCUACCUCCCAUGCCGCUGCUCAAGAGCCCCCGGAACCACACGCAGGACGCCAAGCUCCCCAGCCCCCUGGGCAACCCGGCCCUGCCCCUCGUCUCCGCCAUCGGCAGCAGCGGGCAGGGUGCCGCGGCGGCCGCGGGGCCCGAGGAGAAGCCGGAGAGCCGCCUGGAGGACGCGUACGCCGCCAAGCUCAAGCCCCGGGGCAGCGACCUGUCAGACGGCAGCGACUUCGAGGACAUCAACACCACAACCGGGACCGACCUGGACACGACCACGGGCACGGGCUCCGACCUGGACAGCGACGCGGACAGCGAUCGCGACAAGGCCAAGGCCAAGGGCAAGGCGGCCGCGGGCAAGGCCGAGCUCGGGGGCGGCGCGGCGGCCCCCGGCGCCCCGAACAGCGUGGGCGAGGUGCCCGCCUUCUACUCCCAGCACUUCUUCCCGCCGCCCGAGGAGCAGCUGCUGACAGCGUCGGGCGCCGCGGGCGACUCCAUCAAGGCCAUCGCGUCCAUCGCCGAGAAGUACUUCGGGCCCGGCUUCAUGGGCAUGCAGGAGAAGAAGCUGGGUGCGCUGCCCUACCACUCCGUGUUCCCCUUCCAGUUCCUGCCCAACUUCCCCCACUCCCUGUACCCCUUCACAGACCGCGCCCUCGCGCACAGCCUGCUGGUCAAGGCCGAGCCAAAGUCGCCCCGGGACGCCCUCAAGGCCGGUGGCCCCAGCGCCGAGUCACCCUUCGACCUCACCACCAAACCCAAAGAGGCCAAGCCCGUCCCGCCAGCGCCCAAGGCGCCCCCGGCCCCGGCGUCCGGCGAGGAGCAGCCGCUGGACCUCAGCAUCGGCAGCCGCGUGCGGGCCAGCCAGAACGGAGCGGCCCGGGAGCCCCGCAAGAACCACGUGUACGGCGAGCGCAGGCUGGGGGCCGGCGAGGGGCCGCCCAAGGCGUGCCCGGCGCAGCUGCCCCAGCAGCCGUCCCUGCACUACGCCAGGCCGUCGCCCUUCUUCAUGGACCCCAUCUACAGCAGGGUGGAGAAGCGGAAGGUGACCGACCCGGUGGGAGCCCUUAAGGAGAAGUACCUGCGGCCGUCCCCGCUGCUCUUCCACCCCCAGAUGUCAGCCAUUGAGACCAUGACUGAGAAGCUGGAGAGCUUCGCGGCCAUGAAGGCGGAAUCCGGCGGCUCCCUGCAGCCCCUCCCCCCCCACCCCUUCAACUUCCGGUCCCCGCCCCCGACGCUCUCGGACCCCAUCCUCAGGAAGGGCAAGGAGCGCUACACGUGCAGGUACUGUGGCAAGAUCUUCCCCCGAUCAGCAAACCUCACGAGACACCUGAGGACGCACACCGGGGAGCAGCCGUACAGGUGUAAGUACUGCGACCGGUCCUUCAGCAUCUCCUCCAACCUCCAGCGGCACGUCCGGAACAUCCACAACAAGGAGAAGCCCUUCAAGUGCCACCUGUGCAACCGCUGCUUCGGGCAGCAGACCAACCUGGACAGACACCUGAAGAAGCACGAGCACGAGCACGCGCCAGUGAGCCAGCAUUCAGGGGUCCUCACGAACCACCUGGGGACCAGCACCUCCUCCCCCGCCUCCGAGUCGGACCACCAUGCACUUUUAGAUGAGAAGGAAGACUCCUAUUUCUCAGAAAUCAGAAACUUUAUUGCCAACAGUGAGAUGAACCAAGCAACAACGCGAACAGACAAACGGCCGGAAGUCCAGGACCUGGACGGUGCCCCCCAGUGCCCGGGUCUGGCUGGCGGGAAGCCGGAGGACGUGGAGGAAGACGAGGAGGAGGAGCUGGAGGACGACGACAGCCUGGCGGGGAGGUCGCAGGACGACACCGCGUCCCCCACCCCUGAGCCCCAGGGCGCCUACGCGGAUGAGGAGGAGGAGGUGCCGCCCGCCUCGCUGGCCGUGGGCUUCGACCACACCCGAAGGUGUGUUGAGGAGCACCCAGGAGGUCUGUUGGCUUUGGAGCCGAUGCCGACUUUUGGGAAGGGGCUGGAUCUCCGCAGAGCAGCUGAGGAAGCAUUUGAAGUUAAAGAUGUGCUUAAUUCCACCUUAGAUUCUGAGACUUUAAAACAGACCCUGUACAGGCAGGUUAAGAACCAGGCGUACGCAAUGAUGCUGUCCCUUUCCGAGGACGCUCCUCUCCACACCUCCUCCCAGAGCCCUCUGGAUGCUUGGCUGAACAUGGCGGGAGCCACGCCGGAGUCCGGAGCCUUCAACCCCAUCAACCACCUCUGACCACCCCAGGAAGGGCUGGGGUCAGAGUCCAAGCGAGGCCACCACAGGCCCCCGACAUCCCAACAGAAAUCCCAGCUGCGGAAGAUGGAGGCCAGGGCCUCGGGGAGCCGGAGCGGCCCGGGGCCGAGGAGACCCCUUGUCACCUGCGUCUGACCUCUCCUCAGCGUCUGUGCCCCCCGCCACGGUUCAACUUUAACUUUUCCAACGAAAACUCAGAACCCGGAGUCCUUGGAGCCGUCGUAGGGUUUCACCGGCUCUAAGAAUUGGUCUUGAGGACGGCGUUCGAGAUGGUUCAGCUCGCAGUGUCUAGGCGCAGCGCAGGGGGCUGCUUCGCAGAGUCAAGCCCGUGGGCGAGGGCGGGAUUUGAACCCCAAACUGAGGCCGGCGGGCCGCUCCCAGGUGCCCGCGUGGUGUCUCGAGAGGGAACGGACAGCUGGGUGUGCUCUAAAGAGGGAAUCGCCCAGAUGAUUUUUAUAAUGAAAAUUACAAGAAUGACCCUUUUGGUAAUCUUAUUGACGACAGAGUCUAUUUAAGCAUGUGGUUUUAAAAAUAGACAGUAUUUUUAAAAAAAAAAAAAAAAUCAAAAAGUGACUUGCCAAUUGUUUUUUAAAAGUAAUUUUGCAUUGCUUUGAAAUCUCAGCUUAUUUGCAAACCCAAACCUGCCUGGGAACCAGCACUGCGUUUGGGGGUGUUCUUUAUACUGUAGAUGCGGAGAAAUUUUCUAUCUCUGACCGUAUUUGUAAAGCCAAGGUGAUUCUGGGGUCCUCUCCCCCGGGCAGAACUGAGUUUGGGGGGCCGACUCCCGUGAGCAGUUGCAGACUGUGCCCGGGAAUCAGAUACGGUGUCCUGGGCUGGCCCAAGGCUGGGACUCGGAAAUGUGCCUGUCAUUGUGUGCCAUGUGAUUCGUGCCCGUGGCCCCCACCCGGACUCCCACUUGUAUGGGGGCGGUCGAAGCAGUGGCUGGGCCCCUGAUGUUCUCCCCACAAGGGCUGUGCCUCGGCCGCCCCACACCAGCCCGCCCGCCACCGUCCUUCAGAAGGCAGGGCCUGCCGGUCCCGUUCGGAUCUCCAGCCCUCAC